CAAUGUCAAAUCAAAAGUGCACAAUGUUUACUGUGCCGGUUUCGAAAAUCCUGUAAAAAGAAAUAAAUAAUGAGUUUAAACCAAAUAGACUAGCAAGUGAAUUUAUAAAAUUUAAUUUUGUGCGUGUUGUGGAAGUAUAUCAGCAAUGACUUCGCUUUUGUCGGCGGAAUUAGCCGCCACUUGCAACGCUUUGGGGACGUAUGAUAAAAAGACUGGAAAAUAUUUAAUAGACGACUUUACUCUUAAUACGGUGAAAGAUUUGAUUCGUUAUUUACGCCGUGAUGGUGAAGAUCAUGAAAUCCGUCGACAUUUUGGUCAAACAAAAGUGCUACAAAGUGACCUACUGCCGAUGCUGAUAGAUCAUUGGGAGAACACUGAAUUGUUCGACGUUACCCUCAGACUGCUAGUAAACCUCACAAACCCAGCUCUAUUACUGUAUCGAGAAGAAGUGCCAGUGGAGCGCACAGCUAGGCACAACUACCUACAGAUCCUAUUACAUUUGCAAGCUUACAAAGAGGAGGCGUUCACCAAAGUUGACACAUGGAACAUAUUUGCUAAGAAAUUGGCAAAGAUUUUGGAAAUUGAUUGGACAGAAAGGGAUGAAGACACAGGACUUAUCAUUGAGAGGAUUUUGAUACUAAUUAGAAAUGUACUUCACGUUCCUGCUGACUUGGACAGAGAGAGGAGGCCAGAGAAUGAUGCCAGUGUGCAUGAUCAGGUGUUGUGGGCUCUCAAUCAGUCAGGCAUUCUAGACAUUAUCCUAUACAUGUCUUCUGAAAACGAGAAGCAAUAUUUCAUGCAUAUCCUUGAGAUCAUAUCCCAUUUGUUGAGGGAACAGAAUCCGAGUAGCCUGGCUGAUGCCGCAUUGCAACGCAGUGUUGAUGAAAAACUGAGGGAUGAUCAAGAGUUGCUCUCUAUAAGAAUGUCUGAAAAUAAACAGAGGAUCAACAAGAUUAAACAAUAUUCUGGAACAAGGCAUUCUCGAUUUGGAGGCACAUAUGUAGUGCAGAACAUGAAAUCUUUAUCAGACAAUGAGAUAGUUUGUUUGAAACCGUUGAACAAAAUAUCUAACUUAGACUUUGGUGGCGGCAAGAAGUCUAAGCUGGUUAAACCCAAGAAUAGGAGACCAGUUGAAAGUGGUAUUUUAGAGAGGAGAUCUGCAUUUGCUAUCAGAUUGUUCCUGAAAGAAUUUUGUAUAGAAUUCUUAAACAGCUCUUACAAUCCACUAAUGCAUUAUGUGAAAGAUGUGUUAGUGCGCGCCAAGGCCCAACAAAAUGAUGAGUCAUAUUACUUGUGGGCAGUCAAGUUCUUUAUGGAGUUCAAUAGGGGCCAUAAUUUCCAAGUUGGCUUAGUCAGUGAAACAAUGUCGGUGCCUAUGUUCCAUUAUGUACAACAACAAAUGGAGAAAUACUACGACAUGAUCAAAGUUGAGAAGAAAAAGUUUUCACCUUGGGUGAGGCGUCUACAUUUAGCGCUAAGAGCCUACAAGGAAUUACUCAACACUCUGUUAGCUAUGGACAAAAGUACCGAUCCUUCUGUCAAAGAAUCUGCUAAAGUUUUAAAAAGCAAUAUUUUUUAUGUAUUGGAAUAUAGAGAAUUUAUUAUUUCGACAUUCCUGAAUUAUGAUGAAAACAAAAUGCCUAGGUCGUAUUUAGUGGAUUUAAUGGAAACUGUUCACUUGUUUCUUAAAAUGUUGGAGCAUUACUGCAAGAAAACUGGGCUAGUUGUUCAAAAGAAAGUGAGGAAAAAGGCCAAAUCCAAACCGAAAAAACAAAAGGUGGGUGCACAAAAGACUAAGGUCGCGUCCCCGCCGGCCGCCUGGGACGAGCUCAGGGCGCAGAUGGCCGCGGUCAUCAGUUCGGGAGUGGAUGAACAUCCACCGCCUUUUGACGCCGCUUCUGACGUGCCUAUUGACCAGCAAAAAGAGGACUGUAUGAAGAAUGUGCAGAAAUUAAUGCGAGAGUACAAAUUCGAAGAUGCAGUCGGCAUGUUCAGGGCUGCCAGGGAAGUGUGGCCAGAUGAAGGAAUAUUUGGUACAAAUGGAAUAACUGAGGACGAAGAGUUAACAAUGCUUGAAACUGUUUACAAUACCGACUUAGGAGUUGAGACAGCUGCAGACAAUGCUGUUGAUGUAAAUGAUACUCAAGACAAUUCCGAGUAUGACGAAGAGGAUGAAGAAGAGGAAGAAGAAAGGAGUGCUGCCGUCGUCGAAACUGACUUUGAUUUCAAAGAUUUUGUUAACAGAUUCUGUCACCCCCGCGUCGUAAGCGCUUGCGUUAAUCUCCUGGAGCGCUACGACAAAAACCUGCCUCACACGAACCACUGCAUCAUCAAGAUGCUGCACCGCAUCGCGUGGGACUGCAAGCGACCCACCAUGAUGUUCCAAGCUACACUAUUCCUUAUAUUCCAAAGGGUACUUGACAAUCGAGUGCCGCAGUUCAAGGAAUUGGAAAAGUUCGCUAUAUUCAUAUUGAGGAAGUUCACAGAAGUUGCUUCGAAGAAUCCCAAAGUGUUUAUAGAGCUCUUGUUCUGGAAAAAUUCGAAGGACUCGCUUGAUAUCGAAUAUGGAUAUGAUUUAUAUAGUGAUAACAGGGACAAGCCUGGUAAAGGCGUUUGGUCUGAAGAGCAAGAGGAGGAAUUACGUAGGUUAUACAUGGAAAAUCAAAGCAACCCUGAAACGGACCAAGAUGUGAUCGACUGGAUUUUGGAGAAUCUCAUAGACCAGACGAGAACUAGACGCGGCGUUAUAAAGAAGUUAAAGGAAUUGGGACUGAUAUUCCGAGCGCCGACUAAACGCAGCCACAAGGAGCCCGCCAGAGAGAAAGUCCCCAAAGUGUUCAGUGAAGAGGAAGAUCAACUGCUCACAGAACUGUGGGAACAAUACAAAGAUGUACCAGAUCCAAUGGGCGUAAUAAUGCCGCGUAUGCCUCGCAAACGUCAAAAGCGUAGCUACGUCGACAGAUUACUGGAGUUAGGUAUGAUUCGAGACAAAAGGGAAUGUCGCAAAAAGAGACAAAAGAAAUCCAACGCUAAAAGCGGUGCCGCGGAUGACGAUCAAUCGAACAGCGAUUCUUCUGAUUCUGACUCGUCUGACAAGUCAGACUCUGACAACGACACAGCGCCGCAGCCGGUUAAAACCAAAGCAGUAAAGAAUAAGAGCGUUUCGAAGCCGAUAAACAAAAAGACUGGGAAACAACAGAAACGUAUCGAACUGACUGCUAAUGAGAUCGCUAAGCUGAUGGUGCAAGCCGUCGACAAUGGUUUAACGGAAGCUUUGAAAUGGUUGGCGGAGAGUUUGGAAGAGGUUGCUUUGGACCAAGAGGCCGAAGGUUACGAUGCAGAAGGUGAGGGAAUUCCUCUCGUCCCCAUAUCUCAAGACUCUGUCGAGGCUAUGGAUCAGGAGCUGUUCAAGAAAGUGCUGCGAGGAGUAGGCGUGGUGCCACCUUUUGAUGAACAGGAAAAAUACUGGCGAAUACCAAGCGCCUUGCACUUUGAGACUAUCAGGAAAAGGCGCGAAAUAAUUAUAAAAGCUAUUCAUAAAGAACUUAUUAUCGACACUAGUGAGGUGACCGAAACUACAGAACUCGAUACAAACCAGAGAGAAGAAUCGAGUGAUGACGAUGAUUUGUUCGAUAAUUUGAGGAAGAUGCGGGAAAAUAACGUAGAAAAUGUUGUCGAUAAAAGUGGCACAAAACCCAAUAAUGAAACUAUACGCAAUCGGAAACGUGUGCGAAGUGAUUCUGAAGAUGAGGAUAGUCGCGGGAAAAUGCAGAAAAUUGACGAAGGAGACGAAAGUGUGACUCGCGAUGACAAUGACGAAAUUGUGCCUCGUGACGACGAUGACGAUAUUCUAUCAUUCGCUAAACGGACUUUGCAGCAAGACUUGCCGGAUAGUGAGGAUAUUAUCAGCAAUAUACCAAAAAUGGACAGUGAUAACAGCAGCACUGAAGAUAAUGACGACAUAAUUGUGUCGUCGAGACGCGACAAAAAGAAGCGAAGAAUAGUUAUUGAAGAUGAUUCUGAAUAGUGUUGAACAUAAUUCUUUGGUUUUUGUAUUUUAUUGUAAGUUGGCCUUAAGAAUAAAUAUUAUGUAAUGUUAAGCAA